UUAUUUUCUUUUCAAAAUACGGCUCCCGACGCGCACCGGUCUUCGGUGUCGUCCUUAACUCGGCAAACCCUACCUCCAACUCGAUCUAGGGUUAAGUCACCCAGCGCCCGCCGGAGGCGAAGGCGAAGGCGAAGGCGAAGGGCGCGCCUCGGCAACUCACUGGGCACCGCUUCGGGCCCUCGGCGGUUGAAGCUGCGCUUCCAUGGCGGCGACGGGACAGGAGGAGGAUGACAUCGACCACUACGAGGUGCUCUGCCUCCCGUCGGGGGAGGAAGGCGCGGCGCUGACAAUCGAGCAGAUCGAGAAGUCCUACCGGACGCAGUCGCGGCUGCGCCAUCCCGACAAGCGCCCCGAUGACCCCAACGCCACCGCGGACUUCCAGCGCCUCUCGAGCUCAUACAAGCUCCUCCGCGACGAGUCCCUACGCCGCCAAUUCGACGCACGCCUCCGCGCCCGCCGGGAGGCAGCGUCCCGCGCCGCCGCCGCGGGCGUCAAGCGCCGGAAGGCCGUCUCCGACCUCGAGGAGCGCGAGCGCGCCGCUGCCACAGGCCAGCCCACCGAUCCUGGCGAGGUCGCCAGGCGGGAGGCCAAGCGGAAGGCCGCCGACAUCCAGCGCGAGCUGGAUGAGUUCCGCGCCGCCAAGCAGGCUGCCGCCUCAGGCGCCGCGUCCACUUCGGGACAUGGAGAUAAGAAGGGUGGAGCCCCACAGGACGGGGUGAAAACAGACAAGGGCAAGAUCUUGAAGGUUUCAUGGGAUGGGAGUGCAGAUUCUUAUACUGCAGCAAAGUUGGAGGAGCUCUUCCAGAAAUUUGGCAAAGUUGAAGACAUCGUGAUCAAAACAAGUAAAUCAAGGAGUAGGGGCUCAGCAAUUGUAGUCAUGGGCACCAAAGAAGCUGCACUACUAGCAAUACAGAACCAUUUUUUUCUGUUUCCAUUAACUGUUGCUCCUGUUCAAGAAUCGGGUGGAUUACCAGCAAGGUCAACUCAAACACAUGAAUCGAGGACAAGCAACGUCGAUGGAACUGGAUUUAGUGAUUUGGAAGCAUCGGUAUUCCGGAAACUUCAAGAGGCCCAGAAAAGGAAACAGAGUGGCUAAUUGCUUCUUUCUGAAACAUGUGUUGGUGCUUAUGUACGACAUCUCCUGUCACCUCAGGAUUCCUGGGGUAAUAGAUAUACCGAAAUCUGAACACGUUUGUUUAGUUCGGAGUUUUGUUGCUGAUAAUUUUCUGUAAAUCAUUGCAACGACGGAGCUAAGUUUUGUCGAUGUACAAACUGUACCUUGUAUGCCUGAGUUGUUUGUAAUCUCAAUUCUUAACUGUAUACUUAAGUUUUUCUUUUUAAA